GCACAGUAACCCGGAGUUGAAGCAAACGCUAUCACUGGAUUUGUCGUGAACGUACUUUCUAGACCACCGACUACAUAUCGUAUGAUGUAUUUCGCUUUUUAAUACAGAUAUACGCACUACUGGGCUGUAGGAAGGACAAUAUAGAAGUGCAGUCGUUUGUUGAAAAAACUCCGACAACUCGGAGUUCGCGUUUUAUUGUCCAGCGUGUUUUGCUCAGUGCUCGCAUGAGUGCUCGGAGAGAUGUUGUUGAGGAGUGUGUAAUAUUGUGCCGAAAUGAGUUUAUUGUGAGGAUCGCGCAGAGCCACAUAAUAGGAGCCGCGGAGGUCAUGUGUGACACAGAGGGAGAGAGAGUUAAACACAAGCCCGGCGGGCGUCUGGACAUGAGCCACGGGUUCCUGCGGCACAUCAGGAGGAAUCAGAUCGCCAGGGAUGAUUAUGACAGAGAAGUAAAGCAGGCUAAGGAGAAACAGAGGCACAGACACAGCAGCAGCAGCAUCCCUCAGCGUCCUCGCAGACCCGACCGCCAGGUGUAUCACCCUCGCCUCCAGAAUGGAUCUGGAGCUGGUGCGAGGGCGGAGGCGGAGGCGGAGGCGGAGGACUGGAAUGAGAGCAGCUCUGGCACAGAGCAGGAGAACACCGGCACAGAGCUGUUCUGGCUUGAUUAUCAAGCUGACAACGGCCACAUAACUUCUCUCAUUGUCCGUAAGGAGGACAAGCCAGAAAUUAUUGUGCAGCGCGUGGCAGAAAAGAACGCUCUGGACUCGGCCAUGAGGGCGGCGCUGUUGGCACGCCUGGGACAGGAAAUGAACAAGCGCUGUGACAAACGCUGAGAGAAAGAGAGAGGAGCUUUGAUAAAAGUGGAGAAGAAGACACUGAGACACCGCUGAGCUGCACUUCUGUAAGACGGCACAAAGCAUUCACAGAUGUCUCGGAGAUGCCAUGUAUCCUAACAUGUGAGGUG